AUGUAUGCCAAGGAAUUAAAAGGUGGAUCUAAAAAAGUUUCGGAGUGGUAUAGAAUUGGUACACAAAAGUGUAAUAAAAUAUGGAAUAAAUUUGAGAAGGUGAAUACAUCGCCCGAACCAACACCUCAAAUAGAUAUACUCAAGAAACCCGAUAUUGCCAAGCCUGAUCCUAUAGAAGUAAAGAGGAUGCGAAAACAGGGUGAAAUGGAAUGA